AUGGCUACCAAGAAGAAGGCUGAUUCAAAGCCUUCCCAAACAACAAAUAGUAAUACCAAUACCACUACUACAUCAAAGCCUUCUGCUGCUGCUGUUCCGAAAACUACAACAACAAAACAGGUAUCACCACCAUCAGCACAACAACAACAACAAUCGGAAAAGGUCUCAUCAAAAUUAUCUAUUGUUGCAGAGAAGAGUACUGUUGAUGAAUCUAAGAAGAAUGUAAAACAACAACAAACAAGUAAGAAUGCCAAUACAACAAUUACUACUACUCCAUCUCAAAAUAAUAUUAAUAAUAAGCCUGUAGCUAGUACCAGUGUAAAUUCCAAUGCAACUGUUGUUACCAAUGAUUCAUCAAAUACUUCAAAGAAGAAGAAACAAAAAUCAUCUGAUACAACCACUGCCAAUACAACAACAACAACCACUACUACUACUCCUGUUGUUGCUACUCCUACUGCUGUUCAAUCUAAGAAUAAUAAUAAUAAUACUACUACUGUAACUGUUACUCCAAGUAGCUCAUCAAAUAAUGAAAAUGUUGCUACUCCUAUCUCAAAGAAGAAGAAAAAGAAGUCAUCAUCUUCCGAAUCCACCAAUACUCAAUCAGUGAAUGGAACUGUUGAAAUUGUAGCUACCAAGAAUAAUCCAUCACCAAAUACUAGUAUCACUUCUACUAGUAGCAGUGUCACAACAAGUCCUACAACAACUGUUGCCAGUGAUAUUGCCACAACUGCUCAACCAAGUCCUAUUGUCAAAACAAAACGUGCUCAUAAUCCAGGAAAAGAUGACAAUUCUCUUAGUGCUUGGCUUUGUAGAGCUUAUUUUGCAAUUGGAUUACUCAUUGCUUGGAAUUUGUGUUUUAUUGUUGUAUUACCAAUGUAUAUAUGUCACAUUUUGUUUGGAUUUGAUAGGAAUAAGAGUUUGAUGGGAUGGUUGUUCCGUUACUUUAAUAGAUGGGCUGUUGAAACUAAUCCAUUUUGGAAUAUUAAAACAUUCUAUGCCAAUGGAUCAACAAAGAAUAGAUUACCAAAGAAACAAAAGAAGGUCAUUUUCAUUUGCAAUCAUCAAAGUGGAAUGGAUCCAUUUAUUUUGAUUUCUGCACUUCCAAUUGAAGCCAAAUGGGUUGCCAAGCAUAUUAUUUUCAAGAUUCCAAUUGCUGGUUGGCUCAUGUCAAUGAUUGGAGAUGUUCCAAUUGUUUUCACAUCCAAGAAGGCAGAACAUACUACCACUGAUAAGUCAAGUGUCACUCGUGCUCUUGAUACAUUGAGAAAUUAUCUCAAUAAUGAUUGUGCUGUAUUCUUCUUCCCAGAAGGCAGAAGAAGUGAUAAUCCAGAUGAAUUCUUGGAAUUCCGUAAGGGUGCCUUUGUUAUGGCUUUGCAAACUGGAGCUGACAUUAUUCCAAUGGCCAUCUCUGGAAGUCACACCAUUUGGGAAUUGAAACAUAAAUUACCACGUCCAGGUCGUUGUGCUAUCGUUGUUGGUGAUCCAAUCAGUGUUAAGGGAAUGACUUUGGAAAAUGAUGUUGAUAAUUUAUUACAAAAGAGUAGAAAGGCAGUUGAAGAUUUGUACCAAAUUGCUAAAAAGAAGGCCAAGAGUUUGAAAUAA